AGAGCGUCUCUCCUCAAUAUGACGACAGAGAUCACUUACGCUGAAGUGAAAUUCAAAAAUGAAGCCCAGGCCUCGGCCGCCCCAUCAGAGGCUCCUAAGACUAGCCCUCCCCAAAGUAACUCUGGGUGCCUCAAAAAGACUAGCCCUCCCCAAAGUAACUCUGGUUGCCUCAAACUACUUCUUGCCGCAUUGCUGAUUCUUCUGCUGCUGACAAUCUCAUUUUUAAUCGCCUUUAUCAUUUUUUUCCAAAAAUAUUCUAAACUUGUUCAAGAAGAAGUGUUUACACAAGAUCUGACUCACAGAAUGUUGGAAUGUAAGAAAGAAAAGUUGACCAUGAAAGGGAAAUCCUGGAGCUGCUGCCCGAAGAAUUGGAAGCCAUUUGGUUCAAGUUGCUACUUUUUUUAUACUGAGACAAGAGAUUGGAGUGACAGUGAGAAGAACUGUGAAAGGAUGCAGGCACAUCUGCUGGUGGUCGACAGCAAGGAGGAGCAGGACUUUAUUAACAAGAAUGUCCUUAGUAGUCGUUAUUAUUUUUUGGGGCUGUCGAAUCUGAAGAAUGGUCACUGGGAAUGGGUUAAUGAGACCCCAUACAAUCACAGUGCCACUGUGAUGGAGAUUGAGAUGUUGCACAACUGCAAAAGCUUCAAGAAGUCCCAAAUUUUUGAUGGGGUGAUUCAGCUGGAGUUAAAUUUUUAA